UGUAUGUAUAUAUAUAUAUAUAUACAUACAUACAUACAUGCAUACAUACACACUCACACAUAUAUAUGUAUAUAUCAUGUACUUAAACAUGGACCUCAACUAGUUCAAUAUUCCAGGUCAACAGGUCAUCUGCUGUAGUUACAGGCAGGUUUUCAUAGGGUCAAGUCAGACUUAGAUGUAGGAAGCUGAUUCAUUAUUCAUCAAUUCAACCUUUGCAGACCCUUAGGGACAGUAAAGAAAAUAUUACUAAACAAAGAACAAGGGAUAAGAACACAUGCCGGUGUAAGAUCAAAACAGAGUAAUGAUUGAUGCUCGGGACUGGAAGAAAAGACUGUAUCUACAAACACACGUCAUGUUGCGUGCACAUAUAAUAUGGGUGUGUUCGUUAUACAACUGCAGAGUUUGCACGGGUCAAACAAAAAAAAGGAAAAGUGUGAUGGACGAGGCCUUUGUUAUCCCUUAUUUCUUUAUACUCCAGCUGGUUCACCAUUAAAUCAAGCUCAUAAUAAGGUGAAACAGGUGAAGUCCAUUUAAAAUUAUAAUAACUUUAAAUAUAUAAAUUAAGGAAAUAUAUAAAAAACAAGAUGUUGAUACAAAAUUAGAAAUAUGACAAAAAUGUGCCUUGUUAGCAAUAAAACGUUAGGAAUUAGCAAUUAAGACCUGAAUUAGUAUUUCCAAGUAAAGUGUACAGAAAGUACUGUCAGUGGUCAAUGUUUUAUUUCAUUAAAGUCAUCUGAGGCAGUCCGACAGUACCUGAAGUGAUGCAGAACUGUUGGUUUUGAGGGCCCAGGUACAUUUUCAUAUCAUAUGCAAAACAGUAAAAGGAGAGGUUGUGCUUUCCAGAAUUAACAGUUGUAAAUAAGUGAAACCUUUUAAAAGGAGCUGUUUAUGUUUAUAAGUGAAAAUCUGCUGGGUUAUUUACAAUAAUCUAGGCUCACAGCUUCACCGAGGACUUGAAAGAAAAGAAUGCUCUGAGUUGGUUCUGAAACUCCAGACUGUAGAGAGACAAGGAUCAGGAUCCAGUGGGCAGGAAAAUGUUUUAUCAACAAAACUGCCCACACCUUUUUCUCAAGGACAAAUACCACAGUGGUCACGUGAUUUAUGCGAGUUCACAACAAUAAAACAAGACUAAGGUGUGUUGUUAUCACAUUAGAUUUGCUCAAAUCUGGUGGUUGUCCCAUUUACAGCUGCGAAUCAAAUAAACUUUCAAAGUCUUUCAAAGUGCUACAGAUACUUGAAGCCCCCCCUUUCCCCACAGCGCCUCUACAACUGCGUCUUAAAGUGCGAGUGCUGCCAUUCUGCCAACUCUUCGAGAGUUUGCUUUUUAAAACGGCCAUCGAAUGUAGUAUUUUGAUCCAAGUGGCAUUAAAGAUGUCUGUCAAACUAUCAGGAUGAAAACUAAAGUAAUAAUUCUGGGAUUAUUAUGAUUCACAUAAAGGAAAUGUAGUUAAAGGGUUAACUGUGCGCAUAAGACGGGCAGAAACCCAUAGUUUAUUUUUUAUUGGAGUUUGAUAGAUUAAUAUUAAAUUUAAAAAAAGAUCAAGAGAUGAAUCACAAACAUUAUUGACAUUUACGUUCAAGACGUAAAAGGACAGAUGGACAAAAGACAGGUCCUGGACAGUAUCAUGUCCAGGACAUGUCUUUUGUCAUGUACCGGUUCGGUCGAAGACUGGCAAGGCAAGAAGAGUUAUUACGUUUCAGAAAGUAUUUAGCCAGAGGUUAAUGUUCACAGUAUUAAAGUAUUAAAAUCCCCAACAAUGAAACAUUGAUUCGAGUUAACUGUGAAUCAUAUGAAAACUAAAUAUAGUUCUUGUUCAACAAACCAGCGCACAAACAAACAAAAAAGUAAUAUAAAUUGUCUUCCGUGUUUCUAACUUCUUGAUGUCAGAGUAGACUUUAUUUAUGUAUUUUGAGAAAAUCCAACAAGCUGGAGAGUACUUCAUAGUAGUAUAUGCGCCCUUCGUCCGUCCGACUGCGACGGUAGUGAGGUCACACCUGCUUUACGUAUAAAGCUCCGCUCCAUCCGCCCGGGUGUUUACAGAGUGUGUUCAAUUUCAGAGACAGAAAUAGGGGACAGGAGGCGUUCAAGCCACGGGACACCGAGCGUUCGUGGGGCCAUUUUUCCUAUCGUCUUCCUCGCCUUUUGCUUUUACCCCGAAUACUUUUUCCCCUGCCUUGAAAGCAGAGGAGUGAACUCCACGCGAGCCGGCGAGUGACGAACUGUCAGCUGUCGCUCCUUCUAUGAAGGCAGUAGGAGCCCAGUGAUGGCCAGCUUUUACUGAGAAUAAUUCUUUGUUUCUUCAACUUCUACAUAAUAGUCCAACGAUACUUCCUGAGGAGGUCAACAUACAUUGUAGUUCUGGUCUCCAAAAAGGCAACGAGAAGCAACUCUCACACCACUACGGCUGUCUCACAAUUUCAAUUCAUUUCAACUUUUGCUUUUAUUUUUAUUUUUUUCCAACUUCCAUUUAGAGGACACUAUUAUUCAGAAUCACUUAUAAGAUCUGAAUUAUGUCUGCAUAUUUCACAAUCAUAAUAUCUGUAAAAGGAUUUUGGAAUAAGUUUGGAAUAAGUUUCCUGGCCUUGUCACCAAAUCCACUGUUCUCUGUAUUAGGUGUGUUUGCCUAAACACACCUAAGGACUAAAAAGAUUAACUGUGAAAGUAAAUAGUACUAACCAGCCAGAAACAAUAUGUGACAAGUCAGGCUUUAGCCGUUCUGCCGUUGAUGCCAGAUACUGUAACGGGACAAACCAGACCCAAACAGGACACUCUAAAAGAUGACUGUUCUUAUCCCGCCUCCGUCCAAGCAUGGCCCAGAAAUGAAAGUUGUGCAUCAUAUUUCUGAAAUGUAACUAAGUAGUAAGUAAUUAUUAGUAAAGUAACGUAUUACUUCAGAAAAUAAUUCAUCAUUAAAGUAACCGGAUACAUUUGUUCAGGAAUAAUUUAACAAAUUAAAAUGGAUAUUUUUAGUAGGAAAACUAUUUUUUUGCCAGCAUCUAUUUGUUAGUUACUCCCAGUUUUUUGACUAGGCAAGAAUUGUUGACACUUGAUAGGACAAGAAUAGAACAGUUUAAAAAAGGAACUUGUUCAUCUAAAUUUAUCUACAACUGUGUGGGACACUACAGUGGGGGAUAGUGCAAAGCAAGUCAGUGAACACAGUCUGUCAACCCUGUUACCUGGCCGUUGAAACAUUCAUUAACCAUUUACUGAAUUAUUUACUCUUCAGUGGACCAAGCUGCACACCUGUGUAAAGAACAGUAUCUCUGCGUCUCUGUGUCUUUUGUGUGUGUUUAUGGGUGUGUGUGUGUGUGUGUAAAUGGACAUGUAGAAGGAAAUGCGCCUUUGUCUAAGGAAGAAGAAGAAUGCUGUCCUGGCUGCGAUCCUUCUUGCCAGUGGACUGCUUGUCAUUCGACAGUCUAACUUCUUCCCACAUGACGUGCCAAACUCUGAUGAAGUCAUUACAAAUGACUUGUCCUGGGAAACAGACAGACUGGUUAAAAAGGAUUCCUGGGUGGAACAGGGAGGUUACCUGCCUCUCAAUGUCUCAUAUAGGCUGUUGGCCGGAGCACCGUCUCCACAACAGAGGUUUUUGUGCAUUGGAUUGUCGUCAGUAAAAAGGCAACGGGGCAGCUAUUUAGUUACCACCCUGCAGUCUCUCUUCUCCCAGUCGUCUCCUGCCGAGCGCUCGUCCAUGGUGGUGGUGGUGCUGCUGGCAGAUUUCGACGUUGACUGGAGAGUCGCCACAGUGAAGGAAAUCCAAACUACAUUUCCUUCAGAGUUGGAGCAAGGUCAGCUCCUGGUGCUCCAUGUAACUAAGGAGUGGUAUCCAAACACUACAGAUUUGAAGAGGAACUACAACGACGAACCAGACAGGGUGACAUUUCGAUCUAAGCAGAAUGUUGAUUAUUCUUUCCUCAUCCACUACAGCACCAGUCUAGGACAGUACUACCUCCAGCUGGAGGACGACGUGUUGGCGUCCAAAAACUUUCUUACUGCCAUUAAGAAGCAUAUUGUAGAACAGGAUGCAAAGAAGGAGACGUGGGCAAUGCUGGAGUUCUCAGUCUUGGGCUACAUUGGGAAGCUCUACAAAUCAGAGCACCUUCCUCUUCUGGCCCGCUUCCUUUUCCUCUUCUACCAAGAAAUGCCCUGCGACUGGUUGAUGUCUCACUUUAGAGAGCUGCUCACGCAAAAACAGCCCAUCGUCUUCAAACCUUCGCUGUUUCAACACAUGGGCACAUUUUCCUCAUUCAGAGGGCUUUACAACAAGCUUAAGGACAAGUACUUUGACGAGUAUUUGUACACCAACCCUGAAGCAGAGGUUUUCUCAGACAUGUCCAUCUACCAAAAAUACCUACCCCAAAAUGCAUGGGAUCCAGGGGAGGAUUUUUUCUGGGGGCGCGCCCCUGAAGAAGGAAAUUACCUCACAGUGGUUUUCACUGAGCCAACUGUGAUCUCAGGAAUAUUAGUAGAAACGGGGUCGGAUGGAAAAGACCUCCUGGAGUCAGGUGAGGUGCAGCUAGGCCACAGUGUAGCUGACACUGGGAAAGAUGAGAAGAGUUGUCAAGAGUUCCAGUCAGUGGGAACUUUUACCAAGGGGAGGUUUGCGAUAACUGAGUUAGAUAAAAACUAUAGCUCUGCCUCCUCCUGUCUGAGGAUACUGGUCACAGCCAAACAGAGCAAUUGGGUAGUCAUUCGGAAAAUCCGGAUUACAACAGAGCCGAGUGCGACUCCGGCAGGAAUAAAGGAGUGACAUUGUGUUCCUUAGCAGCUUAGGCCCAGACAAAUUGUUUUUCUUUUUAUUCAUGUGUUUUAUUUUGUUUGUUUUUUUAAUCAAUGGAGGUGAAACCAGACAUUCUUUGUCUGAGUACAAACCAAAGAUGUGUUUUUUUAAUUCUUUAUUGUUAACAGUCAUGAAGGAGCAGAACAACCAGCAGACGUUCAUUAGUUAAAGCUGGAAAUUAGUUUCACUUCGUUUGUUAGUUUGAUUGAUUUGUGGAACAUAAAUCACCACUCAAACCAAAUAAUGAAAGAUCGACACAAUGAGUCAUCAAUACUAUCAGUAUGUGAUGAUUCUUUCAACAUGCAGUAGUUUUUCUGAAUGUGUGACGUUGGUGCCUUUUGAACAGUUAAACUGACAAAACAGGAAGUUGUUGCUAAAUCCCAAAGCUGUAAAGCGUCCGGUCUUAUUGAGGAAAUGUUUAACAGAUUUUAAUGUCUUUGCAAAACCGAUAAGCCCUGGUUGUGUUGUGAACUGUCAUGCACAGAGGAUGUCAGUCAUGACAGGGACAAUCUGUGUUGAAUACAUCGAUGGCAGCUAGGAAUGUCAGACAAUGCGGUCAGUCAGAAAAAGCAGAAAUAUCUCACAUAUUUCUGCUUUUGCCUUUUCUAAUGACUUAUAAAGUCUGCCAGCUCAUUCAACAAGGUGCUUAGCAGUAACAAUGUGGCCGGACCAGUAAAAGACCUGAACUGGUUUGUGUUACAGUCAAGGAAACAAAUACAUUUUCUUCAGCUCAGAAUAUCACUAACUACAAACCUAUUGACGACGCACAUUUGACAGGUUUCCACAGUGCCUCUUAAAUUGCUAUUCAUUGUUUGCAGUUGCUAUUAAAGUUAUAUAUUUUUAUUAAUAAAA